UUCUAUUUAUUUUUAUUAUUUUUUUGUUCUUGUUCCUGUUUACAUUUAUUCCUUUCUGGUUGACCAUGCCUUCAUAUGUCACCGAUGCCAAUUUGAAUAGUUAUCAAUUGGCUUUUUGUGGUGCCGUUGCUGGUGUUGUGUCAAGAUUUGUUGUAGCUCCUUUGGAUGUAGUCAAGAUUCGAAUGCAAUUACAAAACCAUCGUACUGAUUUUAGCUUUCGCAAUGUUGGUCUUCACUCGGAAACUUCUAUCGACAAUCAUCCUAUCAAAUAUAGUGGUGUUUUACGAUCCUUAAAAACUAUUUUAAAAGAAGAAGGCAUCAAAGGUUGGUACAAAGGCAAUAUUCCUGCAGAAUAUCUAUAUCUAUCCUAUAGUGCUAUUGAAUUUUGGACAUAUAAGGAAUUAGAAAGUUGGAUCGAUAUUGAGGACAAGGAACAAAAGAUGCCUAGAGUGAUGAAAACAUUUGUUAGUGGUAUGGUAGCCGGUAGUGUAGCGACAACAGCGACAUAUCCCUUUGAUUUAUUACGAACAAGAUUUGCAGUACAAGGAAGAACAAGACUUUAUACAGGCGUAUUUCAAGCUAUGCGAAGUAUUUAUGCAAUGGAAGGUAUUCAAGGUUUUUAUCCCGGCAUUCGACCUGCUCUUAUUCAAAUUAUGCCUUAUAUGGGUUUACUCUUUGCUACUUAUGAUGGAUUGGCCAUGGCAUUCAAAAAAAUGAGAGAUGAAGGGUUAGUAUCAACACAGUAUAAGGCAACACAUGAUAUGUUGAGUGGGGCAUUAUCAGGGAUUAUUAGCAAGACAGCAGUUUAUCCUAUUGAUGUAGUACGGAAAAGAUUACAAGUUCAGGGUCCAUACUUGACAAAUUAUGUGAUUCAACCUACCAAAUAUUCAUCGGCUUCUUGGUCUCAAUGUAUGAAGUUGAUUGCAAAACAAGAAGGUUUCAAAAGUCUUUACAAAGGUUUAGUUCCAUCUUUGGUCAAGAUAGCUCCUGCUAAUGCUGUGACCUUUUUAGUAUUUGAAGAAACUAAGAAACUUUUGGUGUCUCUGUAGGAUUAUCUUGGUUAUAUACACAAAUUUAUACAACUUUUUUUUAUUUAUAUAUCAUACUAUAGACUUUUUUAUUAUUACUAUUUUUUUUUUUUUUU